AUGAUCGAUCUUCUACAUAAAUCGGUGGAUCGGCUUAAGGUGCAUAUAACAGACAGAAAUUAUGAUAUGCUGAGUUAUGAUUUGUUAAAGAAGAACUACAGCAGGGAAUUUUUGGACAAGAACAGAGCCAGGAUAAGGAGUAAAUUGGAUGAUAUAAGGAAGCGGUCCACAAAGAGUUUGAAAACAUUUCUGAAUGCGAAAAUCCAUAGUCCCCAGGCAGCAGUGAACAAUCUUUGGUCACCUUGCCUAUCAAAUAUCGGCAGUAUUCUAUGGUACAUUGGCUUGAAUAAAGGAAACCUAAGAAAUGUAGUCCCCUGGAAGAUACCUGCUGAAACACCAGAUGGUGAUUUACCAAGGCAAGUGAUAAGCGAUGUGCUGGAGAGACUUGUAUACAAUGAAAUGAAGCCUUACAACCUACUGUCAGUGUAUAAUGAUGACUCAAACAAACAGAAUUUCAACCACAACUUGACAUUUCACGUGAUGGAUGUGGAUAACCCAUGCGAAUGGUUUCCAAAUGCAAGAAAGUUGAAAAGAAAAUUCAUUAUGCAUGUGGGACCAACCAACAGUGGAAAGACAUACCAUGCUUUAAAAAGAUUGGAGACAUGCACCAAGGGAUAUUAUGCAGGACCGUUGAGAUUACUUGCCAGAGAGGUUUAUGACAAAUUUCAGAAGAAGAAUAUAAACUGCAAUUUAGUCACAGGUGAGGAGGUUCUUAUUGACAUUGACGGUAAUGGAAAUAAGGCUGGAAUCACUUCGGGAACAAUUGAGAUGCUUUCCAUGUCUGAGAGUUAUGAUGUGGUUGUUGUUGAUGAAAUUCAGAUGAUUGGUGAUCAAUACAGGGGCUCAGCAUGGACAAAUGCCGUUCUUGGUGUUCGUGCCAAGGAGAUACAUUUAUGCGGCGAAAUAUCAGCGGUGCCCAUUAUUAAGAGACUUGUGGCGAUGACUGGGGACGAUUUGGAAAUCAAGACUUACAAAAGAUUGGGAAAGCUUGUGGUGGAUGAUUCCAUCGUUGAAAUGACAGAUUUAAGCAAGGGUGAUUGCAUAGUUUGCUUCAGCAAAACGGCUAUUUUGGAUAUGAAGAUUCAAAUAGAGCGGCAAACUAACUUCAAGUGUGCCGUAAUAUAUGGUGCAUUACCACCAGAAACUAGAUCGCAAGAAGCGCAAAGAUUCAAUGAUGGGAUAUAUGAUAUUGUUGUCGCUUCAGAUGCCAUUGGAAUGGGGUUGAACUUGAAGAUCAACAGGGUCAUAUUCACCACAACUCAGAAGUUCAAUGGUAGCAAAAAUGUUAGUCUCACUUCAUCAAACAUUAAGCAGAUUGGAGGACGUGCAGGCAGAUAUGGAAUUGGAGGCGAGUCUGUUGGCCAUAUCACGGCCAUAUCGAGAGAUGAAUUGGAAAAUGUGUCCAAGGGUGUUGAGGGCGAUAUUAAAUACAUAAACAAGGCUAUACUAUGGCCUCCAGAUGAUCUUUGGAUAAAGUAUUAUUCGAUGUUUGCACCAGAAACCAAUUUGGUGACAAUAUACCGAAGAUUUGAAGAAGAUUUAAACAUCAAGAAUGCAAAGACCGCUGAAAGAUCAGAAGAUUUUAAAGUGCAAUCAUUGAAGGAUAAACUAAUGAUGUCCGGCUUUUUCAAGACAGAAAAACUACUAAGGGGAUUUCUCAUUCAGGAUCAGCUCCGGUGCAUAAGUGCACCAACGACUUUGAGCACAAACCCAAACCAACCUAUGAAAUUGGUUUUAGAUUACGUGCUUAAGGAAUUUAUGGUUAAUAUCAUCCAACGUACUAGAAAGUCACUUUUUGACUUUACGGCCAUCCCACUAUAUCUUUUAUCUACUGAGAAUGUAAAGAGAACAGGCACAAUGCGUGGUCAUCGUUACAGCAUACGAGGAAGUUCUAUGAUAGAGCCAGAACCAGUGCCCGCUGCAUUAAGAUCAAGGGCUUCUAGGGAAAGUGCAAAAUUUGCUAUGGAGAGGUAUCAACCUAGAAGACGAUAUGUGAAAAGAUUGAAUCCCGUCGAAGAUAGGCUCACCAAACUUGAGCAGUUUCAUAAAAUGCUCAGCUCAUACAUGUGGCUUGCUUACAGGUUUCCACAAAAUUUCAUCGACCUGGAAUCUGCGAGAAGUCUCAAGGAGGUGUCUGAAUUUAAAAUAAGUGAAAUGCUUGGCAGUUUAAGAGCUGUUUCAGGUGGCUCGAAGAGGUUUAAGACAUUCUUGAAGCAUUAG